UGCGUUAUCCAUUUCCGGAAUCUUUUGUGUUGCUUUUGGAUCGUGUCUGUGCAGUCUGACACUUUAUUAUUUAUAUUUUUAUUUUUAUUUUUUUUUUCUUUGACUACCCACCCACUAGUUUAAGAAAGAGGUAUUGUUACCACAAUCAACUAGGGAUUGAUCAUAAUAAUCUUAUACUUAAGUCCUUGAAUGCUGGUCGUUUGAGUAGACCAUAUUGUUGUGAAACCAUUUGUAAAACACAUUAAAUUUUCAGCAUAGAAUCAAUGUCGAACAAUAUAUAUGGUCAUACUGGGAAGUAUGGCAAUAAAACCAGUUUAACAGAAUUACCAAGCUUACCAAAUAAUUUACUGGACACAUCAUUUAGUGACAAUAAUAAAAUACCGGAAAUCUUAACGCCUGAUGAUACAGAAAUUUAUGAAGAACCUUCGAGUUAUGUAGAAUUUGAUUUAAGUAAUUUGGAUAAUAAGAAUCCCACCUCAGAUAGUCUUGGAUUAAUGUCAGAAAAGACCAUUUCUGGUGAUGUUCGAUUAUCCAAAGAACGUAAAGCAAGUACAGAAAUACUAUCGCAUAAUGAAACAGAAAAUAUACUAAAACGAGAUCAGAAAAAAGACCAAGAGGCAAAGAAACAGAGCAUAGAUCAAGUGAAAGAAGAGAGCGAAGAGCAAAGUCCAGAUCCAAGUCAAAGUCCAAAUCAAAAGCAAAAGCAAAAUGGUGAUGAUGAUGACUUUUUCUCUACAGCAUCAGAUUGGAAGGCGAUGAAAACAGUAGCUGACCUUGAUUACUAUAAUGAUAAAGGUGAAUUGGAGUAUUCCAAUCGUACUGAGAAUGCAUUACAAAAGCAUGUAUUUGCUUAUACGAAAAUCGAUUCAGAAGAACAAGUUGCUAAAUAUUCUUCUAUGGAUAAAAAGACUGAUUUCUUAUUUCGAACUAGAAAAGAUCGAGCUAGAAUGGCUCAAGCAGAUUAUCAUAAAGAUGAUUUAGAAUAUGAUUCAGAUGAAGAAGAUAAUUUUGUAGAUGAAGAUAAUCUUGAUUCAGAAGAAGCAUUACAAGGUACAAAGAAUAUGUUAACUGAUUCUCAAAAGUUUGCUUAUUUAGGUAUAACUAAAUUACUUACAGUUGAAAUGGCAACUGAAUUAGCUAAAAUGCAAAUUGGAACUUCAGAUCGUAUAGCUAAACAAAUGAGUAAUGGUCAACGGAAUUUUUCUAAUUGGACUAUGUAUGUUAUGAGUAAUUUAUAUUCUCAUAUUGAUGCUAAUGAAGAAGAAAAGAAAAUGAUUGAAAAUUUAAGUAUUCAUGGAUUAGAAGUAACUGACCUUUCAAAUCAUUUAAAAGAGAUGGGUAGUGAAGCUAAGAUUAAAAAGGCACCAAAUCAAUUAGAAUUAGAUUUUGAUUUAAGAUGGGUAAUAAUAUGUGAUUUAUUUUUAGAACUUUUAAAAGAUGGAUAUUAUGAUAGUAGAUCAAGAACUUUACUUACAAGAUUUUCAUUAAAUUUAGGAAUUAGUGGGUUAGAAUUAUCACAAUUCGAAAGGAGAUUAAUAGAUAGUUUAGAAAUUGAAACAAAUGAAAAAUCAAUUGAAAAUAAGGAUGAUAAAAUGGUAGAUAAACUGUUUAUUGAAAAGCAUAUAAAGAAGAAUAAACGGAGAAGAUUAGCAUAUAUUGGAUUAGCAACUCUUGGUGGAUCAUUAGCUAUUGGACUUUCUGCUGGUUUAUUAGCACCAGUAAUUGGAGCUGGACUUGCAGCAGGUCUUACAACAGUUGGAAUUACUGGAACAAGUGGAUUUUUAGCUGGUAUUGGUGGAAGUGCAAUUAUUACUACUGGUGGUAUAGCAAUAGGAGCAAAAGUUGGAAAUAAAGCAGGUUCAAGAAGAACUGGUGAUGUUCAUACAUUUGAAUUUAAACCUUUACAUAAUAAUAAAAGAACAAAUCUUAUUAUAGCAGUUAGUGGAUGGAUGAAUGGUGAAUUAGAUGAUGUUAGAUUACCAUUUUCAACUGUAGAUCCAGUUAUGGGAGAUAUGUUUUCAUUACUUUGGGAACCUGAAAUGUUAAAAUCCAUGGGUCAAACUAUUACAAUUUUAGCAACUGAAGCAUUAUCAGCUUCAAUUCAACAAAUUUUAGGUGCUACUGUUCUUACUGCUUUAAUGUCAGCCAUUCAAUUACCAAUGGUAUUAUCUAAAUUAUCAUAUCUUGUAGAUAAUCCAUGGAAUGUAUCAUUAGAUAGAGCUUGGAAAGCAGGAAAAAUAUUAGCAGAUACAUUAAUUGCUGGUAAUGUUGGAGUUAGACCUAUAACUUUAGUAGGUUUCUCAUUAGGAGCCAGAUUAAUUUAUUCUUGUUUAAUUGAAUUAUCAAGACGUGGAGGUUAUGGAUUAAUUGAAAAUGUUAUUAUAUUAGGAAGUCCAGUAGCAAUAAAAACUGAUCAACUUGCUCUUGCUAGAUCAGUUGUUAGUGGUAAAUUUAUUAAUGGAUAUUCAAGAAAAGAUUGGGUAUUAGGUUAUUUAUUUAGAGCUACUGGAGGAGGUUUACUGACAGUUGCUGGACUUUCACCUAUUACAGUUACUGAAUCUAUUGAAAAUAUUGAUUGUACUGAUCUAGUUGUUGGACAUAUGUCUUAUAGAAAGGCAAUACCAAAGAUUCUUAAACGAUUAGAUUGGGAAGUUCUUAGUGAAGAAUUUGCAGAAAUUGAAGAACCUGAUCCUGAACAAGGUGAACGGACUAGAAAAUUAAUGAGUGAAUUUGAUGAAGCUAGAGCUAAAAUGAAAUCAGAACUGACAGCUAAUUCUCAACCUAAAGGAUGGAAGAAAUGGUUUAAACCAAAGAGUAAAGAUUGGUGGGAGAAUAUUGCUCAACCUGCAGAAGGUAAAGAACCUACUAGUUCAAAAACUAGUACUGAUGAAUAUAAUGUAGAAGAAGAAACCACUCCUAAUUCAUCAGUUGAUGAUACACCUAUAUUUGAUAUACUGGCUUUACAAAAUGAAAUUGAAGAGAUUGAAAAAUUGGCUGGUGAAGAUGAGAAACAACUCGAACAAGCUCGACAAGAACUUGAACCCAAUAGACCUGGUUUAGUUACCAAUGAAGAAAUAGAAGAAGAUUAAAUAUCUACAACUUAAUUAGUCUCUCUCUAUGUCUAUAUGACUUAAUUAACUGCAUACAGUAUAUAACAAUACUAAAUAUAUAGCAUCAUAUAAUUAACAUACUCACACUUACGCAGAAUGGAAUUUUUUCGUGUAAAUCUCAUCCUAUGACACAAUUUUUUUUUCUUACUUAGUGUCC